AUGAGUGAUAACGAGAUUGCAGUUAUGGAUGUGGAUGAAAUCCCGCCAAAACUUUCAAAAUCACAAGAAUCCCAAGUGGCAACUACUAGUGCUAGUGGUUCUAAAUGUACUUCACAUUUGCCAUGGAUAGAGAAGUACCGGCCGAUUAUAUUCAGUGACAUCGUGGGAAACGACGAUACAGUGUCGAGGUUAGCAGUGUUCGCCAAAUCUGGGAAUGCUCCUAACAUAAUAAUCGCCGGCCCGCCAGGUGUAGGAAAAACUACGACAAUCUUAUGUCUGGCACGCGCCUUGCUCGGCACCGCUUUCAAAGACGCAGUACUUGAGCUCAACGCAUCCAACGACCGAGGCAUCGACGUCGUGCGUAAUAAGAUCAAAAUGUUCGCACAACAAAAAGUGACGCUACCAGCUGGGCGGCACAAGAUGGUGAUCCUGGACGAAGCAGACAGCAUGACGGACGGCGCGCAGCAAGCGCUGCGGCGCACCAUGGAACUAUACUCGCACACCACGCGGUUCGCGCUGGCUGCCAACAACUCCGAGAAGAUCAUCGAGCCCAUCCAGUCGCGCUGCGCCGUGCUGCGCUACUCGCGCCUCACGGACGCCCAGAUCAUGGCCAAGGUGCUGGAAGUGUGUGAGAAAGAGCAACUGUCGUACACGGACGAGGGCGUGAAUGCGGUGGUGUUCACCGCGCAGGGCGACCUGCGCUCGGCGCUGAACAAUCUGCAGUCCACGGCGCAAGGCUUCGGCCACAUCAGCGCGGAGCACGUGUUCAAGGUGUGCGACGAGCCCCACCCCAUGUUCGUGCGCGCCAUGCUGGAGGCCUGCCUGCGCCAGGACGUGCACGAGGCCUACAAGGUCGUCGCCAAGCUGUGCAAGCUGGGCUACGCGGCCGAGGACAUCGUGAGCAACAUCUUCCGCGUGUGCAAGACGUUGGACACGGACGAGGCCACGCGCCUGGCGCUGGUGCGCGAGGUGGGGCUGACGCAGCUGCGCGUGGCGGACGGGCUGGGCUCGGCGCUGCAGCUGGCCGGCCUGCUGGCGCGCUGCUGCCGGGCCGCCGCCGCCCACUGA